AUGGCCGAAGACAAAGUGAAUGGCGCUGGCAAGUACAAGGAGAUUCCUGGUACCUACACCAGCGACUUCUUCCUGGGUCGCUCGCAGUUGGAUCUCAAGAAUCCGCUCAACACUGCCAAUCUCUACGGGAAGCUAUAUGGUGAAAUCUUUAGGAUCCGCUUGCUAGGUCAACGCAAGACCUUCGUCGGCUCACAGCGAAUGGUGAAUGCCAUCCUGUCAAGACCAGAUUGCGAAAAGGCUGUUCACGAGUUUCUGGACAUGCUACGUCCUGCAGUCGGCACCGGCCUCUUCACAGCGCGCAUUGACGAACCCGAAUGGGGCAUGGCUCAUCGUAUUCUGGUGCCAGCGUUUGGUGUCAUGUCUGUCAGGGGCAUGUGGGACGAUAUGUCGGAGAUUGCUUCAACAAUGUUGACGCGUUGGCAUUCUCACCAGGGUGAGGUGAUUGACUUGCCAGAUCAGUUGACAAGACUCACACUGGACACCAUUUCGCUUUGUUCUUUCGGCUACCGCUUCAACAGUUUCUACAAGGAGGAGAUGCAUCCAUUUAUUGGCGAUAUGCUCACAUUUCUGGGCUUGUCUGGUGAGCGGACGAUGCAGCCAGUGAGUCGACCAUUCAAGGUCGCCAGUAAUUGGCGUCGUCUAGCUGCAGGUGACCGGAUGAAGGCUUUCGCUCUACAGAUUCUCGAAGACCGUCGAGCCAGUACUGAGAAGCCCAAUGACCUAGCGACCCGCAUGCUUGACUUUCCAGACCCUGAAACUGGCAAGACGCUGCCUGAUGACAAUAUUGUGGAACAGCUCAUCACAUUCUUGAUCGCUGGACACGAAACGACCUCUGGUUUGCUUUCAUUCUGCCUCUAUUACAUGGUCAAGAACCCGCACACAAUGCGCAAAGCUCAGGCUGAGGUGGACGCAAUUGGAGAUAUCACGCUCGAUUCAUUACAAAGGAUGCCAUACAUCGAUGCUUGCCUCAAAGAAGCGCUCCGGCUGCAGCCAACAGCACCAAUGAUUGGUGUUUGUUGCAAGGGAGAGGUACCAUUGCCAGAUGGUUACACCAUGGAAGCCGGAGAGGAAGUCAUGAUCAAUUUGCAUGCCCUACACAAUGAUCCUGCAGUAUGGGAAUCGCCAAGUGAGUUCAUGCCUGAGCGAAUGAUGGACGGCAAGUUUGAGGCAUUGCCACCAAAUUCUUGGAAGCCAUUUGGUCACGGCAUGCGCGCUUGCAUUGGUCGUGCCUUUGCUAUUCAAGAAGCAAUGCUUGCCGUCGCCAGCAUUAUUCAAAACUUUGACAUUGAAUUGGCUGAUUCACAGUAUGAGCUCAAGGUCAAGUUCACCCUCACCAUCAAGCCAGAUAAUUUGAUGGUCAAAUUGAAGCGUCGCCAGUCAGGGCCGCCCAUCUUGCCGGUUGAUUCGAAACACAAGGCGACCAAGCCUAAUGCUGCGUCUGAGAAGCCGAUUAUUGCCACUGAGGUGGAUGGCUCUCCGCCAAUGCUUGUCCUCUAUGGCUCAAACUCUGGAUCAUGUGAAGCACUAGCCAAGGAAGUCUACUCAGAUGCGAAUCGUUGGGGUUUCGAGGUUACCUUGGAUACACUUGACAGCUGCAGGAAGCUGCCAAUCGACCGACCUGUUGUCAUUGUCACACCAUCGUACGAAGGCAAGCCGGCCGACAAUGCCCGUCAGUUUGCUGCGUAUCUCGACUCGAAGCCCGACUUGAAAGGUGUGCAAUAUGCCAUCUUUGGUGCUGGCCACCACGACUGGGUCCAGACCUAUCAGAAGGUUCCGCGCAUGUUUGACGAGCAACUGACAGCGCUUGGUGGUAAGGCGAUUGUCCCUCGAGCUGAAGGCGAUGUGGCAGGUGACUUCAUUGGCGAUUUCGAGUCUUGGAAAGCCGAUAUCGCUGUGCAGCUCCAGAAGGCGACGAGCGGUAGCAGCAAGACUACCAAGGACCGUCCAUCCAUGUCUCGAGCUGCGUCUCGUGCAGUCUCCCGAGCACCGUCGAUGACGGAUCUCAAGCAAUUCUCCUACGAGCCAUUGUCGUCUGGAACGCUCAACUCUGUCGUCAGCGCUGGCUUGGGUGUUGGUACCGUCGUCUCGAACGAAGAGCUCGUUCAGGCAAGUGAGCUUGGCCCUUCCAAACGCCACUUGACCAUCACGCUUCCAGAAGACCAACACUAUCGCGUCGGCGAUUACCUCAGUAUCUUGCCAGUCAAUCCUGAAGCCAAUGUCAAGCGUGUCCUUGCUCAUUUCGGUAUGAAUGAGACGACCAAAGUUCUUGUUCGUGCUCGUGGCCUCGAGAACUCUGCAACAUCCCUGCCUGUCCGUGCCUUCGACAUCUUACAAACUUCUGUCGAGCUUGCCUCGCCGUUGUCGAAGCGUAUGCUUUCCAACCUAGCAGAUUUGUGCGAAAAUUCAGCGGACAAGGACUUUAUCAAGUCAUUGGACGGUGAUGCCUAUCAAGAACAAGUCCUGGACCGCCGCAUGUCCACUAUUGACUUGCUCGAGCACUGCAAGAGUUGCAAGCUGUCCUUUGACGACUAUGUCAAGUCGCUACAGUCUUUACACCAGCGACAGUACUCCAUCUCGAGCUCGUCGCUGGUAAACGCAGAGCAAGCGACGCUCACAAUCGAUAUACUGUCUGGUCCUGCGAUGUCUGGCACUGGCGACUUUAUGGGUGUGACGAGCAACUUCUUGGCUGGUCUCAAGGCCGGUGACAAGAUUGCAUGCAGCGUUCGAGCUUCAGCCAACUUUAGUCUACCAGAGCGAGUCGAAACACCUGUGGUGAUGUUUGCUGCCGGUACGGGUAUUGCACCAUUCCGUGGAUUCAUUCAAGAGCGAGCAUUUCAAGCGAUUGCUGGCCGCAAUGUCGGAAAGACUUUGCUGUUUUAUGGCUGUCGCACUGAAGAAGACUUCCUGCACAAAGAUGAGUUGCAAGAUUUGUGCGCAAAGAGUGAGGGUCGGGUGGAAGUGCGGCACUGCUUCUCUCGGGCCACGGACAAGACACAAGGUUGCAAAUACGUUCAAGACUUGAUACUGAAGCAGCGAGCUGAGGUGUUGGAGCUAUUCCAACAAGGUGCUCGCUUCUACACAUGUGGGAGUGCUAGCAAAUUGGCUCAUGGUGUCAGAACGGCUUUUGAGACGAUUGUCAAGGAAGCUGAGGAUGACAGUGCUGAGCAAAAGCUGGCCAAGGAGGUCUUGGCAGCCUCGGGUACAAACAGAUAUGCUGUCGAUAUCUUUGGGUAG